CUGAGCGUCAAGUCAGAGGUCAAUUUCGAUGAAUCGCUAUCAUUUAGCUUCUCAGUCGUUUGUUUCAGAACAAGAAAUACAUCCUUUCCCUCGUAACUUUACCGUAAUUCGCUGAACCAAAGCGUCAAGAAACACGUUCCUCUUAGGAUCAUUAAGCACCUGCCAGUACGACCAGUCGUAAAGACCCCUGAAGCUUGCUUCGCGUUCGUUCUAAAUUUGAGGUAAUGUUCUUGCUAUUAUUAGAGAGCGUGUUUACAGCGAAGAAAUGUAAAAUGGUUUCCGUGUUUACAUAGCCUGAUGUAAACACGCGGGAGGUUGGGAGAACACUCGAUAAGCUGGAAACCACCAUAAAAUAGCUAAUGAAAGAGGAACGAAAACCGCGUUUACAUACGCUCAUGUAAAAUGGUUUUAUGGCCAAUCAGAGCGCGCGCACUAUCUGAAUUGUUUUAUAAAGUGAGAUAUCCAGCGUACGUUCGUGUAAUGCAAAAGGUUUGUAAGUCUUUCCUUAGGCGUGUAUGUUUAAAUGAGACAUAAUCGUCAUGAAACAGCUUAAUUAUGAACAAGAAACAAGUCGAUGGAAAUCUUAGGACCGUAGACUCGUCGAAUUAAAGGUCCAUCAGAGACAAUCUCUUUUGAGUGACCAAGUUUACAAAAGCAGAAAUUUUUCUCAAUGUCAUCAGCUCUCAGAAGCUCUCAUGAAGGAAUACGUCCACUUUCUUCGCAAAUUAUCUGAAGUAUUUCCAUUUACGACCUCACUUAGGUCACCAAUUUACGCGUGAAUGAGAUUUUGCAAUGAGCCAAACUUAAAUACGUAUACGGUAUCAAAGUUGUUCUUACAUGGGGCUCUCCAUAACGCGGUCAAAUUUCCAGUAGCCAGGCACACUCGCCCGGAAGUUGGGGAUUUUACAGACUUCUUACUGAAAGAAUUUUUGGGAUCGCUCGACAUUUCUAAACAAACCGAAAAACAUGAUAUCAAAGGGAAGUUUGAAAGAAUAUUUCAAGAGAAAUUUUCUGAAAAUUGCCUAGCUUCCAGGUAUUUUAUAGUCUGUUUGAGAUCGUGAGCAGCUGCUGGGCAUUUGGCCACAGUGUAAAACGUUUUAUUUCCUGUCGCCUUUCCGUUCAGGAAAGUGAGUCGCAAAAAAUAUGGGAAGCAGAGGGAGCCUGGGUAUGAGCAUCCGCUUGCAAAUCGCUUUCGUAAAACAAUUCAUAGUGGUAAUUGACCUAAAUGAGGUGCACCUUAGUCGGCACGAUUUGAAAUCAGAAGUAUGAUUUCAGACCAAAAUUGUGCAACAGAAAUUUCAAUUAGCACUAUAUUACAUUAAUUUUGAAAUGGCCAAAUUCAGUUGCUUGGAUACAGGAUUUUUUUAGUCAGAGCUAGCUGUAGAAAUAUGUUAUUGAUUCAGUAGUGAACUGGUUUAUGGAAAGUUGCAAACGUUGUUUUCAUUAUCCUGCAAUUUGAUUGAUUUCUUUAAACAAGUUCUGUGACAAGUUCUUGUAUCUGACAAUUUUAAAUGUGAAUUCUUGGAAGUUCAGAGUGGAACUUCCAUUUAGGUGACACCACAGGACUAGAAAAAAUGUCCUCUGAAUAGACGUUUCAACUAGGAGGGGAACAGAUGCAAUGGUUAAGAGUGUGUCCAUGAGAGCUUUAGGCAGUCGUGCUGCACCCCAUCUCACUGGUUUCAGUGAAACUUUGCCAGUUAAAAGGGUCUACCCCAAAACUCAAACAGACAGACCUGUUUUUUUUCAGGUUUGGUUAUUUCUGGGGGGAAAUACAGUAUUGUGCAAAAGUAAUGCAAGCGGAAUUCGGCGAAUUUCGUUAUUUGUUCUAACGAUCUUUCGUCGAAAGUUCGAACGAAAAUUCGAUCGAAAGUUCAAGGCCUGUUAAGCGACAUUUCGUCUGAACAAAGGACGCUUUUUCGAUGAAUUUUCGCCACGAAGCGAAAAUUCGUGGCGGAAAGUGUCUCUUCGAUCAUUAGUGUUCGAAAUUUCGCUUCGAACUGACAGUAGCCGUCUGCGAGUGAUCAAGUUUGUUUACUAUUCAUGUAAGCAACACGAAAUGUUAUCAAACGUAUUUCCAACCUUUUUCACCGCGACAGAGACACUUAAUGUUUGAGACUAAACACAGCAAUUGCGACCAAGAGACAUGUGUUUGGUGGAAAUAGCCUCUCAAACGAUUGGAAUAGUUUUAAACAUUAACUUCAGUACUCCGCUUUUAAACCAGACAGAGCAGAGAACGUGUUUUGAGUGUUUUCAAACGUUGUCAAUCGAGAAAUGUGUUCCUUGUUUAUUCGUUCUCAAUCGCUACGCAAAUAGACAGCAUCUAUAUCGCUGAUUGCUUUCCAGAUAUCAUUAUACCCAUGUUUGUUUGGAAAUAUUUAUUCUUCACAAUUUAUGUAUACAUAUAUAUAAAACGCGAGCUUCAGAGCGCGUGCAGUAUUUUAGCAUUUAAGCGUUCUUAGUUCGUUUUGAUCCUACACAAUCAGACGCUAAUAAAAGUGUGAAAUACUUUACAUUUCGCGACAAAAUACUGAAUAUUAGUAAAUGACGGCUGAAACAACUAUUAUUUAGGUCACGUUGCCCUAUUUUUGCGUAAAUUCCAGCAUCUUUUGCCAAUGCUUAUUUUGCACAGUUUCUACAUACACUGUUCGCUUCCAUAGACAGCUUUUGAGGUCUUCCCGAUCGAGGUAAAUUUACCACGAAACUGGUGAGACGCGACUUUCAAAUGAUGCGCGUAGUAAAACCUAGUAACCCGUCGCAUUUCAACGCUUUCGGUGUUUCAGCUGGGUGGAGGCCUUGCUUGUGGAGGGGCUUUUUUAUUUUUUUGUAGAAUAAUUUGAAACUUUGGCCACGAUGACUACCAAAAGUAGAGUACGUAAAUGAUCCCAAACGCAUCGACACAAUUGAUACACCGAGUGUUGCCAUGGUUGCAAACAACAUAGGUCACGCGGAGGACUCAAAUCGUAGCGGGAAAUUCCAUGGGAGUUUUACAUAGAGCAGUACCGAACCACAAAUUCAGCAAAAUCUUUUUGAAAGAAUGAACAAUUGCAACGAAUUAUCGCCCCGAAUAUUCGCCGCAUAGAACGAAUUUUCGCUCGAAAUUUCGAGUCGCAUUAACGCCAUCAAGGAAUAUGUCGCCGAAAGUUCGAGCCGUUCAAAACAAUACAUGCCUCGAAAAUUCGCAGAAAUGUCGUCGAAGUUUCGUUUCGGUCAAAAAUUCGUCGAAAAGCUAGGAAUUUCGUCGAAUUUCGUCGACAGGUGUUUGCAUUACUUUUGCACAAUACUGUAGAACACCCCCCGGUUUUUCUUGGUUUUAGCUGAGGAAAUCAUUGCAAAAUAGGUAAAAUGUAUGAAGCUCUUACUCUGAUGGUAUCUAGUUGAUUACUCUAAGGGUUUGCUUAGUACAUAUUGUUACAUCCUUAAUUAAUGUACAACACAAUUAUUGAUCAAUUUGAUGGAAAGCUUGUCAAUCAACAGAGACAAAUGAAUGACUAAGUUAUUAGACCUUUCGAUUCAUCCAAAUAUUUGAUAACUUUGAAGCAAAAUUUCUCUCCCUGCCAGAAUUCUAAGAAGCAUCAAAAAAAUGUUUGGGCACUGCUGUAUUUUUGUUAUGAAUGCCUUUUAAAAUCUGUAACCAUGACAUGCUUCUCUCAACUACACCUGUCACGCAAUUUUGGCUCAAAAUCAGUAAAUAUGUCUUUUGUACGGCACAAAACAUUCAUUAGUCUAUGCUUUGAUUGUUUAUUAUGCAAAUAUGUUAUUGAUCCAGUGGUGAGCUGGUUUAUGGGAAGUUGCAAACGUUGUUUUCAUUUACCUGCAAUUUGAUUGGUUUCUUUACGCAAGCUCAAUGGGAAGUUCAUGUAUUAGACAAUUUUAAAUCAGAACUCUCGAAAUUUCAGGGUAGAACUUCCAAUGGGACAUUUUACAGUUGUAUACUUAGUUGUCAAGGGCACAUAAGGAAGCAAAUUGCGAUCGCGUUGUUGAUGAUUUGCAUUCAUGACUUUGCAUUUAUGAUUUCACAUUCAUUUUACUGAGUUUGGAGAGAAAAAUUAACCUGAAUACUACUCCAAGGCUAAUUAUGAGUGGAAGAAAGAGAUAGAAUGCAAAUGAAAGAAAAAUUUAUAAUCUUUGGCAGAGAUGUCGAGUGUGUCGUUGAAAGGUGAAGAAUCAAAAGGACAAGAGAAGAAAGAUGAACAUAAAAAACGAAAAGCAGAAGGCCAACCAAGCUGGUAUGAAAAAGCUGUCACUACAAAUUUCAAGGAGGAAGAAAUAGACAUCCCAAAGAGAAAGGUGGGACUUAUAAUAGGAAAAAAAGGUAAGAGAAGAAAGGAAAUAAUCACCCAAAGUGGAAUCCAGGACUUAUUCAUCAAGGAAGAACGUGUUUACAUAAAAGGAACAGAUGAACAACGCACCUGUGCAAAACAAAUUAUCAGAAAGGUCCUAUGUGUGAGUUUUACAUUUAUUUUUACCCCUUUUAUGUUAUUAUUUAUUGUGUUGUUUUGUUAACUUCCUCAAAGCCGUAGAAAAACUUAUGCAAAGCAAAGUUUGCACUGAUGAUUUUAGUGGUUAGCAUAAAUGUUAGUGACUGUGAGUGGGUCACAAGGCCCGCCUAUUUUCCAUCCUUACAUCUUUCCUUCCUUCCAUCUCUCCAUUCUCCUGUCCUUCAAUCCUUCCAUCCUUCCAUAUUUGUUUCCUUUCUUCCCUCUAUUCUUCUGUCCUUCAAUCCUUCCAUCCUUCCAUUUCUCCUUAUUUGCUUCCUUUCUUCCCUCUAUUCUUCUGUCCUUCAAUCCUUCCAUCCUUCCAUUUCUCCUUAUUUGCUUCCUUUCUUCCCUCUAUUCUUCUGUCCUUCAAUCCUUCCAUCCUUCCAUUCCUUCUUAUUUGCUUCCUUUCUUCUCUCUACUCUUUUGUCCUUCAAUCCUUCCAUCCUUCCAUUUCUCCUUAUUUGCUUCCUUUCUUCCCUCUAUUCUUCUGUCCUUCAAUCCUUCCAUCCUUCCAUUUCUCCUUAUUUGCUUCCUUUCUUCCCUCUAUUCUUCUGUUCUUCAAUCCUUCCAUCCUUCCAUUCCUUCUUAUUUGCUUCCUUUCUUCCCUCUAUUCUUCUGUCCUCCAAUCCUUCCAUCCUUCCAUUUCUCCUUAUUUGCUUCCUUUCUUCCCUCUAUUCUUCUGUCCUUCAAUCCUUCCAUCCUUCCAUUCCUUCUUAUUUGCUUCCUUUCUUCCCUCUAUUCUUCUCUCCUUCAAUCCUUCCAUCCUUCCAUUUCUCCCUAUAUGCUUCCUUUCUUCCCUCUACUCUUCUGUCCUUCAAUCCUUCCAUCCUUCCAUUCCUUCUUAUUUGCUUCCUUUCUUCCCUCUAUUCUUCUCUCCUUCAAUCCUUCCAUCCUUCCAUUUCUCCCUAUUUGCUUCCUUUCUUCCCUCUAUUCUUCUGUUCUUCAAUCCUUCCAUCCUUCCAUUUCUUCUUAUUUGCUUCCUUUCUUCCCUCAACUCUUCUGUCCUUCAAUCCUUCCAUCUUUCCAUUUCUCCUUAUUUGCUUCCUUUCUUCCCUCAACUCUUCUGUCCUUCAAUCCUUCCAUCUUUCCAUUUCUCCUUAUUUGCUUCCUUUCUUCCCUCAACUCUUCUGUCCUUCAAUCCUUCCAUCCUUCCAUUUCUCCUUAUUUGCUUCCUUUCUUCCAUCUAUUCUUCUGUCCUUCAAUCCUUCCAUCUUUCCAUUUCUCCUUAUUUGCUUCCUUUCUUCCCUCAACUCUUCUGUCCUUCAAUCCUUUCAUCCUUCCAUUUCUCCUUAUUUGCUUCCUUUCUUCCAUCUAUUCUUCUGUCCUUCAAUCCUUCCAUCUUUCCAUUUCUCCUUAUUUGCUUCCUUUCUUCCCUCAACUCUUCUGUCCUUCAAUCCUUCCAUCCUUACAUUUCUCCUUAUUUGCUUCCUUUCUUCCAUCUAUUCUUCUGUCCUUCAAUCCUUCCAUCCUUACAUUUCUUCUUAUUUGCUUCCUUUCUUCCCUCAACUCUUCUGUCCUUCAAUCCUUCCAUCCUUCCAUUUUUCCUUAUUUGCUUCCUUUCUUCCCUCUAUUCUUCUGUCCUUCAAUCCUUCCAUCCUUCCAUUUCUCCUUAUUUGCUUCCUUUCUUCCCUCUAUUCUUCUGUCCUUCAAUCCUUCCAUCCUUCCAUUUCUCCUUAUUUGCUUCCUUUCUUCCAUCUAUUCUUCUGUCCUUCAAUCCUUCCAUCUUUCCAUUUCUCCUUAUUUGCUUCCUUUCUUCCCUCUACUCUUCUGUCCUUCAAUCCUUCCAUCCUUCCAUUUCUCCUUAUUUGCUUCCUUUCUUCCCUCAACUCUUCUGUCCUUCAAUCCUUCCAUCUUUCCAUUUCUCCUUAUUUGCUUCCUUUCUUCCCUCAACUCUUCUGUCCUUCAAUCCUUCCAUCUUUCCAUUUCUCCUUAUUUGCUUCCUUUCUUCCAUCUAUUCUUCUGUCCUUCAAUCCUUCCAUCCUUCCAUUUCUUCUUAUUUGCUUCCUUUCUUCCAUCUAUUCUUCUGUCCUUCAAUCCUUCCAUCCUUCCAUUUCUCCUUAUUUGCUUCCUUUCUUCCAUCUAUUCUUCUGUCCUUCAAUCCUUCCAUCCUUACAUUCUUCCUCAUUUGCUUCCAUUCUUCUGUUCCUGCAUCCUUCCUUCCUCCCUUCCUUUCCUCCUCCUCUCUUUUUUUCUUCUUUCCUUCUUUCUAUUGUUCGUUCCUUUCUUCUUUCCCACUUACUUUCCUUCCUUCCAACCCUCCUUUAUCUCUACCCUCUCCCUUGCCUCCUCUCCCUCCUACUUCCUUUGUUUCUGCCUUCCUUCCUUCCGUACCUUCCUCCCCUCUUUCCUUCCACCCUUUGUGUCACUUUCGUUCCUUCAUUUUCAUGCGCGCCUCCCUGUUUCUUUCCGUAAUUUUUCUCACUCCCGUAACUACAUUUAAAGCUCAAUAUUUUUUUGCAUUUUAAACAUGUCAACCAGGGAGAAGACAGCCCUGACCGAGGGUCUUGGGAAGAGUUGACCUUCAUACCAGAAGAUUUCAUGGCUAAAGUAAUUGGGAAAAACCGUAAGAAUUUGGAAAAAAUAGAAGCGAAAACUAAGGCAACUUUGAAAGUCUCUAAGAAGAAUAGCUUGUAUAUCAAGGGAUCUCCUGAGAGCAAGAAGCAAGCUAUUCGGGAAAUAAAGGAAACCAUGGUAAGUCGCUCUGUGACAUAUAGGGUACUUUGUGGGAUUUUUCAGGUGGAUAUCACCAAGGGACAGAAUACCAAUAUCCAGCGACUCCCAGAAUAUUAUCAAGUUGCAAGCAACGGAGCGAAUCAGUCAAUGAGCAGUCAGUUAAUUUGAUUUUGCUUGUCUGUGCUUGCUAGUAAGCUGAGUUUAAGGUACAACUUCCAUAAUUGACCACCGCUAAUGAAAACCAAUUACCCAAUUCCUAAUGCAAGCACAACUCGAUCGCCUGCAGAAUCUCUGUUCCCCUUGGGAGCCUGAUAAAAAGAUUAUGGUAACAGGCUUCAGUGACCAGUGGAUAAAACAUAUCUUUAAUGGUGAAGACAUCAGUGGCCAUAAUCAGGUAACAAGCCCAACAUGUCCUCUUGAUAAAUCCCACACAAUACGUAUGAUUUUGAUAUUACAGAGGUGUAUAUUUAACAAUUAUUCGCCUCAGGUUCAGUGAAUGUUGUUGAAUUAUCGUCUCGAGGAUUACUCAACAGUGUUCACUGAGCCUGAGGCGAUAAUUGUUUUAGUAUAAUUGCUCAGGUGCUGGUGAUUACUCGUAUCAAGAUAAGCAAGGAGCUUUGGCAGGUCUAUUUAAUUAAAUCAACAAAAACUUAAUAUCCUUCUUUUACUUUUCGCGGUUGAAUUUUCUUCUAUCGUGCUCAUCACUUCCUCGCAAACAUUGACAAAAGGCGAGGCAACCACUUUGAAAUUUAGCACUCCUGCCACAAUUACCUCGCGCUUCCUCGCGCGAGGUGAUUAUAGUUAGGUAAGACGUAAUCCUCGACCCAUCAGAGCGCGUGCAUCUCUCUAAUAACCGGAACAAUUACACCAAAUGCCUAUUGAAUUCAAAGGGAACGUUACUUACCAUGUUAUGUAUGCGAUUAUCAUUUUUCUCCCCUAUGAAGAAUGGAGGCAAGGAAAAAUACGUUGCAAAAGUUGUCCAUGUGGACACUGCACAUUUGGAAGAAGACCAUGAGUUUAAGCUAUCCAUCGCACAACCGCCACGAACCAGUGACAAGUGUUUCAAAUUAAAACUAGAGGACGAUCCUUUAAAAGGGGUAUGUCGUUGAAUUCAAAUCUGUCUUGAAGGAAAUACCUAACAAAAAAUGCUGUGAAAGCUAAUAAUUUUAUUUUUUCUUUAAUUAUUCAACUCUAUUUUUAUCGGAACCCUCCUGGGAGUACUGGAAGAGGGCUUCGACCACCGUUUCAACUUGAAAAAGAAUAGUUCGUUGAGACACUCACGGAAACAGAACCAGUUGUGCUGGUCCCUUCGCUCGCAAGACUCGAUUACUAACUAUCCUUUCUAACUACCAUAGAUUCUCUUUAAUGUCCCUUUUGAAAAUCUCUUGGUACAACAAGACGAUAUUUGCUAGAUGGUAAUCUAGGAGUGUUAAUGAUAUUGCAAGCAAAAGUUACACAUCAACCCAUUCCGUCGGCCAAAAACUAGUUUAGCCAGCAGGCUUCGUCUUUAACUUGCUUAGCCGCCCAUGGGCGAGUGUUUUUGGAAGUAAAAGGCGGCACUACAAGAGAUUCAGCAUAAAAGUACAGAACUGCAGUUGCUUCGUCGUCUUACAUUAGAGCUACAUUCAGGUUUUUAUACCAACGAUGUGAUGAAAUCAUGUCGAGAAAUCAUCAAGCAUUGAAGAGAAUUUAAGAACUGCAAACACCAGGUCUAUUUAUCUCUUAGACUUUUUCUUAUCCACGAAACUGUGCGUGAUGGUUCUUGUGAACGUCUCACUAUGAAAGGUGUGUUUUUAGAUCUUGCCGGCUACUUCAACUAAUGAAUGUAUUAUUUCAAAGGAAACACCCUCUGGUUUUGUGGGCACGGAAAUCCUAGAAGAAGAGGUCCUGCGGUUUUUGAAGCAAAUUCACAAAAAGAAGGAGGAGGAGAUGGUCAUGGUAGUUAUUUCGUGUUAUUUUGGUCACGCCUACCUAAUCAAGGUUGAUGAAGGUCAGUCCUGUAGAUUUUAUGAGUCUUUCGGCGAAUUUGUGAGGUAUCAAUUAGAGAUUUUUUCAUACUUCUUUCGGUAGAUGAAGCGGAUGACAUCUUCAGCCUGAAGGAGGUCAAAGCGAGAAUUGAAUCAAAGGAUGACGAUCGUUGGGAGACAAUAUUCCGGAAAGUUGAGACAAUCGAAGUUGAGCAGACUGAAAAGUCUCUCAAAGCUUAUGCAUGCACAGCUAGUGAUGACCUACGAUACGACCUCACCUUCUUAACACCAUCUGGUUUAGAAUUUCUAGUCAAGGUAAUUUAACCAUGUACCAAAUCAUUUUUUCUGCCGGGUUGGGGCUACCGUCGCCUCUAGACUAUGGUCACUAAGCAAGGACAUUCAACCCGAAAAAAGCAUUUAUGUCAAGCUAAAGGUAGGCAGAUGUCGAACCCAAGCUGAUUCGCGUCUCCACCUUUGUUCGUUAAUCCUUAAGCAUCGUUAACUAGGCCCAAGAUGCCAUCACCUUACUAAUUGUGUUUACCACCAUUUCGUUCACUUUAAAUUAACCAAUUAAAACGUUCGAUGGAGAAAAAUGCUAGAUUUCCAUCCUCAUCAUCCUAACCCAAAAAUGUGCCGAAUCAUUUUUCCUGCCGGGUUGGGGCUACCGUUGCCUCUAGACUAAGGUCACUAAGCAAGCACACUCAACCCGAAAAAGACAUCUAUGUCAAGCUAAAGGUAGACAGAUGUCGAACCCAAGCUGAUUCACGUCUCCACCUUUGUUCGUUAAUCCGUUAAGCAUCGUUAAGUAGGGCUAUGACGCCAUCACCUUUCUAAUUGUGUUUUACUGCCAUUUCAUGUACUUUAAAUUAACCAAUUAAAACGUUCGAUCGAGAAAAAUGCUAGAUCUCCGUCCUAACCAUCCUAACCCAAACAUUAAGCCAUGUUAGCUCAGAUAAAAGGAAAUUUUACAACCCCCACAGUUCACAUAGCGUUCAACAGCUUUUUAUUAACUCUAUUAAAGCUCCUGAAGGCGUGUUUCUACUCUACCAAAAUGUUCUUAACGAUCUGGCCUUCUAUACUUUUUAUCAAACCUAUGGUGUCGAUUGAUUUUAAGGCAGCUCUGUGACCACCAUGGUGUUCUAUUAUGCAUAUUGUAUCAAAUAGUGUACAGGGAGAUAACACGACGAAUUAAGGGAUAUUGUCUUGAUUUGUGAUCCUUAUAACUUGAGCAGUUUCAAGUAAUUUUUUUGCUGAUGAACUCUGAGCUAUCGAAAUAGAGGCUGUGUAGGGUUCGUAACACUGCAGUAACAGACAAGCAUGAUUACACGUCUAGCAGAAGAGAGCCUUCUGACAUUUUGUUUCGCGUCUGGCCAGUUAAAGAAUACAAAAGUGUUGUUAAACCAGUUCACCAAGAUUUCAGACGGUGUAAAUUAGCCAGGGCCCGACCAAAUUUUCUCUCUUUAUUUGUUAUCAUUAUCCCUCUGUUAUUAGGUAUGGCUCAUCGAAAAAGAACCUGGGGUCGAAGGCGCUUCAGCGUCUUCCCUGGCGUUCCGUCGCAGCCCUCAACUUUCUGUCAGAAACACCUUGACAGAAAUCUUGCAUGACGACCAUAGUGGAGAUACAUCGAACUCACCAAUUUUCUACAUCAGCGAUACAUUUAAUCAGCAAAUGACAAUCGACAUUCUAUCGCCGUCUGCAGGAUUUGAUUGCCGUUUGAAAAUACGAACAUGUAAGGAAACGUUUCUCUCAAACUUAAGAUGAAAGAAAUAUUAUGAUUCUGUAUCAUAUGAUUCUGCGUGUUAUUUACUUCUCUAGAUAUGACUUUGGGACAUUUAUGAUAAUAUAGUUGCUUACAACUUCGUGGCAUUUCCUUCCCAUUCAAGAACAGAAAAAUUUCAGGCUAAAUAGGUUAUUAGCACGCCAGACUAAGUUUGAUGGUCACCUUAAGCCUGGUCGGUGAAAGGGCAGGGCCUAAAAUCUGAAUAUAAUUAACUUCAAGUGGUUGGUCCACCCAUCACAUAUAAUGAAAUUGAAAUGGCGAUAAUUUAAGGUUUGAGACUCGAAUGAAAAAAUUGCAUGUAUGUUACUAUGCAGAACAAAAAAGGACAUAGCCUGACCUCACUUCUUUCCUCUUUUAGUUCCAAAGUUUCCACAAACAAAACCACAAGCAGAAAAAGAGCGCAAACUUUUAGAAAACUACCUCAUGAAGAUGAGGAUUGAUGAUGGUCAGCUGAAGUUUCCACCAAUUUCCGAGCUACCAGAGGGAUUUGACCUGUCUUUUCAGCGCCGCUGCCUUCGAAAGACAUAUCGGUAUGAACAUGACGGAGACGCGUUUACUUUAACGGUUAGCAAAGACCAGUUAAACAAAGUGAAUGCCGACCAGACUGAUGCGUACAGUUUCAAUGAAUCAGAAGCGAAGGUAUUGUUAAUCAUACACAAAUAGUUUAACACUUAUAUACAUUUCCCUGAUUCAAAUUCGUCCUCACCAUCAGGUGCAAUUCUUCAUGAAUAUCACUUUUUCUUCGUUCGAUCACAGGUGGCCUAGUUAGCGAUAUGAGCUCAUAUUUAUUUUGUUUAAAACCUGAUAUCUGAAGGAGUAGCAUAACUACGGUUUAGAUACACGAAACUCGACUCUAUUUUGGAACAUAUGGAGAUACAUUUGUAGGAUUGAACAGAUUCGAUUGUACAGGGAAAGCAACGGAAUCGGGCUUAGAGGCAGAUGUUCAUUUUUGCCCUAAGAUUAACUUAAGCCACAACCUUGUUGCCUUGCCUGUUGUUCCGUCGCUUUUGAUGCCUGAGAUGUUUAGUGUCCACCAAACAGCCUUGUUUGUCCCUUCGCUCACUGAGUCAUCGGUGCGUUACUUACUUGCAUCAUACUACAUUAUACCACAUCACAACGCAUUCGCAUCACAUCAUGUCUAUCCAAAUCACAUCAUAUUCACUUUUACAUUCACGUCACAUUCACUUUUACAUUCACGUCACAUUCACUUUUACAUCCACAUCAUAUUCAAAUCACUUUACGUUCACAUCACAUUAUAUUCACUUUCACAUUCACAUUCGCAUCACAUUACGUUCACAUCACAUUCACUUUAACAUUCACGUUUACAUCAUAUUCAGGUCACAUUACGUUCACAUCACAUCACAUUCACAUCAAAUCAUAUCACGUUACAUGCACUUCACAUUACAUCACAUCACACCACAUUCACAUUUACAUCAUAUUCACAUAACAUUACGUUCACAUCAUAUCACUUUCACAUCAAAUCACAUCAUGUUACAUUCACAUCCCAUCACAUUCACAUUACAUCGCAUUCACAUUACAUCACAUUCACAUUACAUCAUAUCUCAUUCACAUUACAUCAUAUCUCAUUCACAUCACAUUUACAUGACAUCACAUUACAUAUACGUCAUAUUUACAUCACAUUACGUUCACAUUACAUUCACAUAAAAUCCCAUCACAUUAAAUUCACAUCACAUCUCACACGUCACAUUCACAUCUCAUUCACAUCAUAUUACGUUUACAUCAUAUUCACAUUACCUUACAUUCACAUCUCAUUCACAUCAAAUCAAAUCACAUUACAUUCACAUUCAGCUUCAUAUCACAUCUCAUUCACAUCACACCACAUCACAUUACAUUCACAUUAUAUUCACAUCACAUUACGUUCACAUCUCAUUCACAUCACACCACAUCACAUUACAUUCACAUUAUACUCACAUCACAUUGCAUUCACAUCACAUUCACAUCACAUCUCUACAUUUACAUCCCACCUCCCAAAGUGGGCAGCUCGGUGACGUGUCUUUAUUAAUUACUUUAAAAGAUACAGGCAAUAAGCGAAAAGGGUCGCAUUUAUUAAACAGUUAUGUCCACUCAUUUGGAAAAUUUGAAUAAGAUUCGGUUCUUAAUAGAAGUAAACUUUUGGUAACAAGAAGUGAAUGGUCGGAUUAACGUCGUUGUAAAAUAUUUAUAUGAGAGGACCCACAAUUCAUCUGAAGCGUGACCAUGAGGUAUCGUGGAGUUACAAUCAGUAAUUAUUUCUGUGCUUAAAUGGGAUCAGUUGAUGUGAGUAUUGCUACAGCAUUUGUAUAUUGUUUUUAAUUUCUUUGCAUUACUAAUGUAUUUUGUUUGUUUAAUGUCUUUUGUCAAUCAUGAAAAGCCGAAUGUUCAUCUCAACUGUGAAGAAUGGGACCAAGUACUAAAUGAGGGAAACUGGGAACCGGAGCAGAUUACUGC